AUGCUCCUGGCGAUGAUUCUCGCGUUGGCCGUCGCGGCAUGUGGGCAGAGCGCCGCCCCGGUAGAGGAAUCUGAAGCCACGCCGGCCGCGAGCGCGGAUGCUACAGCCGCGCCGGCUUCCGAAGGUUCCACGGCAGCCGCUCAGCCCAACACAAUGCCGACCGAGCCGGCCACGACCACACCGACCGAAGCGAUGCCGGCCACGGGUGAACCGACGUCGAUGCCGGCGGCAGAGGCGAAAGCGCGGCCGAUAGUCCAGGACAUCCCCAACGUGGCCGGGAUCGACGCCUGGCUGAACACGGACGAAGCGCUGUCCGUUGAAGGACUGGUUGCCGACGGGAACGUGGUCCUGGUCGAUUUCUGGACCUACACCUGCGUCAACUGCAUCCGCACGCUGCCAUUCCUGCGGGAUUGGUGGUCGCAAUACGAAGACGACGGGCUGGUGAUCCUGGGCAUCCAUACCCCUGAGUUCGAGUUUGAGAAGGACCACGAAAACGUGUCGGAGGCGCUGGAGACCCAUGAUAUCGGAUGGCCGGUAGCGCAGGACAACGACAUGGUCACGUGGCGGAACUUUGAAAACCGAUUUUGGCCGGCGAAGUACCUGUUCAACAGCCACGGCGAGAUGAUCUACUCGCACUUCGGCGAAGGGGCAUACGGAGAAACGGAGCAGAAGAUUCGCAACGCCCUGGUGGAAGCCGGCGCGGAUCUGUCCGACGAUCCACUCAUGUUGCCGGAGGAUCAGGUGCGGGACCCGGCGUUCCAGGCAUCGCGCGUCGGCGGACGAGGUCGGAUAACGCGCGAACUGUAUGCGGGAUGGGAACGGAACGUAGGCGUGGCGCGGUCCGGCAGUCAUCCCUACGUGGCGCAGUUUGAAGAAUACUUCGAUUCCAUCCUUGCCGGCGGAGAAGGCCUGAUCGACGUCGAAGUGCCACAGGACCUGCAACCAGACCUGCUCUACUUCCAGGGCCAGUGGUCGGUUGAGCCGGAGCGGAUACGACACGCGCGCGAGACCGAAAACCUCGAGGACUAUCUGGCGUUGAAUUACGCCGCCAAGAGCGUCAACGCCGUGCUGACCUCGGAUUCGGGCGAGGCAUACCGCGUGGUUGUCACGGCGGACGGGGCGAUGCUGUCCGAAGAGAAUGCAGGUGCGGACGUCCAGUGGGACGAGAAUGGGUACUCUUACAUCAUGGUGGACGAGCCGAGGAUGUACGGGAUCAUCGACAACCCGCAGUACCUGCCGCAGUCGAUACUGACGAUGCGGUCGGACUCCGAUGACUUUGGCCUGUUCGCGUUCACCUUCGGCGUCUACGCGGAGGGGCCGUGA